GGGAAGGCAUCACCGAGCAAUCCAAAGAGUAAAGCCCGCCUCCCCUUCUUCUUCUCUUCCCCCUCUCCAUUUCCAGAUUUAGGGCUUCUUCCUUCUUGGAAUUUUUCGCCCAUCUCCUCCCCUUCCCGGCGGCCCUCGAUCGACCAAGCUGCCGUGACGAUGGAUGACUACGCGCGAGAGAUGAUGGACCUCAAGACCCUCGUCACGCGCACGCUCGAGAAGAAGGGGGUUCUUGCCAAGAUUAGGGCUGAGCUAAGAGCUAGUGUGUUUGAGGCAAUUGAAGAGGAGGAUAGGGCAGUUGAAAAUGAUGAUGGUGUAGCUCCUGCUCUGCUUGGUAGCUGCAAUGACCGUGCUAAGCAACUGCAUGCAUCCCCUUCAGGACAAUUAUUGACAGCACUGGUAUGUGAAUACUUGGACUGGGCCCAGCUGGGACACACACUGAAAGUCUACUUACCUGAAUGCAAUUUGCAAAAAGAUUCCUGGAAAGCUGAAUUGAAGGAUUUCAGUAAUAAAAAUGGGUUUGACCCAAACAGAAGUCCGGACAGCAGGCCCUUACUUUUGGAUGUCCUUGAAGGAUACCUAAAAUUGGAGAAUCUUUCUCAAUCGAGAGUGCCUGGUAGGAGAUUUCUAGCGUCAGAAACAGAUGCAUUAACAAAUAUGGAAUCCAGGAAUGUUCGUAGGCCAUCAUCAUCAACUGUUGCCGGUGGCUUGCCUCCACUGGGAAGGCCAGGUUCUGUUUCCCAGUCAGCAGAUCGGAGAAUGGGCUCAUCCGUUCCUAACUAUCGGAAGGAUGAAUUCAACUGGAGAUAUGAUGAUGAUGUAUCAGAAGAAGUAACCCGAGCUUCGAAUGCCUUCGAGAACAUUCAAUUAGAUAGAAAAGCACGGAAUUUAACAUCAUCUUGGAGGCAUGGCAGUGAUGGAACCAUGGAAGAUGAUGGCAAGGGGAAUCAUCUCUGAGGGACAUCUCAGGAGUAUGUUUGUAACUUUGGAAUUUAUUUGCAAAAUAUUAUCCUAUGUGAAUACUGUUUCACAUGAGUUUGUGUUGUGCUCUUUCAGUAAUUUAGUGAUCUUAUUAUUCUGUUAUUUUCCUACAAGACCAUUAAUUUGUCUGAUUUA